GAACAAAGAAGGAAUGUAAUUUAAGAACCAAAGCAAGCAGGAAGAUCCAGGCCUUUAAACAAAAGGAGUUGAGGGAGGAGACAAAGGGAGUAGAAGGAACAUAUUGCAUAGAACAGACAGGGAGGAUGAACACUGCGAUUAGAGCCCCAUCGCUGCCUGAAGAACAAUUCCAUGCAAGUGACUCAGGGGAAAGUGUAAAGUUUCUGAACAGCCUAACUCAAGCCAAAAGCAGUCAGGAAGGAAAGUCGUAUUCAAUAAAUUCAGCUGGUCAGGGAACUGAUACUACAUCAUCAAAACUUAAACCAUUCAGAAACACCACCGAAAAGAGCAUUUUUGAAGAUGAUGCUAUUGGAGAUUUUUCACUUCGGCAGAUGCAGAGACCUUCAACUUGUGAGGCUGGUAAUAAACUGACCACAUUUCCAGAAGAUUCUGUGCAAGAUGAAGGUUUUAAAUGUUCGCGUUGUGAAAAGACCUUCAAAGAGUUAUAUUUAUUCACUGCUCAUCAGCGCUUCCACAGGAAUGAAGACGCAUUGAAAUGUAAGGUAUGUGACAAGGUCUUCAUGCACAUGUCCAGUCUCCUGAAGCAUCACCGUAUUCACACAGGUGAGAGACCAUUCAAGUGUGAGGUGUGCGGAAAGGCCUUCUCAGUUUCAUCAAGUCUCUUGCAGCAUCAACGCAUCCAUACAGGUGAGAAACCCUUCCAGUGUGAUGUCUGCCAAAAGCGCUUCACCGAAUCCUCUUCACUUAGAACACAUCAACACAUUCACACGGGUGAGAAGCCGUUCAAAUGCUCAGUCUGUGGUAAGGGUUACAGUAGGUCAUCGCAGCUGCUGAUCCAUCAGCUAACACACUCAGAUGAGAAGCCUUUCCAGUGUACCAUUUGCCUGAAAGGUUUCAUCCAGUUCACUCACCUCACCAAUCACCAGCGAGUUCACACUGGUGAGAAGCCAUUCCAGUGCACCCUCUGUCAGAAGCGUUUUGUCUCCUCCUCCUCGCUUGCGUCACACCAGUACAUCCACACUGGUAAGAAGCCAUUCAAGUGUGAGAUGUGUGACAAGACUUUUACGCAAUCAUCAAACCUCCUGAAGCACCGACGCAUCCAUACUGGUGAGAAACCAUUCAAAUGUGAGGUGUGUGAGAAGACCUUCACUGUGUCCACAAGCCUCCUGAAGCACCAACGCAUUCACACGGGUGAAAAACCUUUUAAGUGUGAUGUUUGCUCAAAAUGCUUCAUUGAUUCCUCUUCUCUGACCAGGCACCAGCGCAUCCACACAGGAGUGAAACCAUUCAAAUGUGAGGUGUGCGGCAAGGUGUUCACACUGUCAUCGAGUCUGCUGAAACAUCAACACAUGCACACCAGGUAGAAAGCCUUCCACUGUGACACUUGCUAGAAAUGCUUCGCUGUCUCCUCUUUGGCCAGAAAGCAACAACAUUUCAACACGGGAGAAACUAUUUAACUUCACAUUUAGGAAAGGUUUCAGCACGUCAUACAGAUUAGCAUUCACUCAAGUGUGACUAUCUCAAGAUUUUCACUGCUGCCUUCUGGCACACAAGACUCAAUGCCCCCAGGUAGAAAUUGAGAGAUUAUGGUGAUUGCUUUCAUUUGGGAAAACUCAAAUUAUGCUAAUUUUAGUAGGUGCACAGUUACUAAGUAGGCAAGUUUCAAAUCGUUCAGUAUGGUUUUUUUUUUAAAGUCACUUUCAAUAAUUUUGAAUUAAAUUACUCAAAGGUGGAAGACUGAUUAAAAAUGCUUAUUUUUGUUGAUGAGCCCAUUUUCAGCUGUGAAUAAAACUGCAGCAGGUGACCUCUUAAAUGCAUUAAGGAAUACUUUUUAAUGGAAAGAAGAAAAAGACACAUGAUUUAUUUUGCUGCCAGAUUGCGCUAGUUUAUGGAAGAUUUAAAGCUUUUGAUCAUGCAAAUAAAUUUUAGCGGAAACUUGAAUUGGAACCAAAUGAGUGCAAUUUCCAGAUUGCCCUCCCCCAUGUUUUGCUGAAGCCUUCAAUCAGUCCAUUCACUACAGACUCGAUAAAGAUGUGGAACCUUACUGUAUCAUCUACCAGAAUCAUUAAAGAAAAUCUUGCAUUUAAAAAGCCCCUGUCGGUAUCUCCCAAAUUGCUUUGAAGUGUAGUCACUGCUGUAAUGUAGGAAACAGGGCAACCAAUUUCCAAGCAACAAGGUCCCACCAACAGCAAUGGAAUAAAUUAUAAGACCACCUGUUUUAGGUGGACUUCCAAAUGAUGAUCAAUAAAGUGCCACAUAACAGGUUGUCAGUAAAGUUGAAACCCAUGAAAUAAAGAGUCAGUGGCAACAUGGAUAUGAAGUUGUCUGAGUGACAGAAACAAUAAUGGUGAGUGCUUGUUUUUCAGACUGGAAGAAGCUAUUAUAUUGGGGUUCUCGAGCAGUCAGUACAAGGAUCACUGCUUUUCUUGGGAUGAAGGGCACAAUUUUAAAAUUUGCAGAUGACACAAAGCUUUGAAAGUAUUGUGAACAGUGAGGAAGAAAGUGAUAGACUUCAAGAGGCCAUAGGCUGGUGGACAUGUGGUGGAUUAAAUUUAAUGCAAAGAAAUGCGAAGUGAUGUUAUUUUGGUAGGAAGAACAAGGAGAGACAAUAUAAAAUAAAAGAUACAAUGGGGAUGUAGCAGCAGAGGGAUUGGGGGAGUGGGUGGCAUAUGUGCCCAAAUUGUUGAAGGUGUCAAGGCAGGUUGAGAAAGUGGUUUAUGAGGCAUAUGGGAUCCUGGGCUUUAUAAAUAGUUAUAGACUAUAAAAGCAAGGAAGUUAUGGUGAGACAUUACAAAACACAGGUUCAGCCUCAACUGGAAUAUUGUGUCCAAUUCUGGGCGCCACACUUUAGGAAGGGUGUAAAUGCAUUAGGAUAUAGAAAAAUAUUUACAUAGUUCCAAGGAUUGGAGACAUCAGUUAGUUGGAUAGAUUGGAGAAGCUGGGUUGUUCUUAGAGAACAGAUGAUUGAGAGAAGAUUUGCUUAGAGGUGCUCAAAAUCUUGAGGGGUCUGGACAGAGUGGAAGGUAGAAACUGUUCCCAUUCGUGGAAGGGUCAAGAACCAGGGGGCACUGCUGUAAAGUGAGUGGUAAAAGAACCAAAUGCAACAUUGUCUUUUAAUGCAGCAAGUUGUUAGGAUCUGGAAUGCACUGCCUGAGAAUGUGAUGGAGGCAGACUCAAUCACGGCUUUCAAAAGGAAAUUGGAUAAUUAUCUGAAGAGAGAAGCUUGCAGGGAAAAGAUAGGGCAGUGGGAUUGUGCAAGUUGCUCCUGCAGCUAGCCGACUUGACACAGUGGACCAAAUGGCCUCCUGUGCUUAAUUAUAUAUAAUUCGAAGUGUGUGUUAAGGGAUAAAUGUUGGGACAGAAAAAUUACAAAUCAUGACCGCUGCACCUGGGAUCCUCACUCUUCUGUGCUGUUAGAACCAUUUUCUCCUUUGGCACAAUGGCAUGUCAACAUGGGAGAAGUCUCUCAAAUGGUUCAUCUGUGACAAAUCCUUCAUCCACAACUUGCCAACCACCAGCAAACCUGUUUAAUUGUGGAAUUCGCAAGAGUUUAGCAAUUCCUCAAAUAUGCAAGAAAUUUCAGCAAUGAGGGCAUCACUUUUGAUCUUGCUGGCACCUUAAUAAUUGCACAUAAGAACAGAUGGAAUUGUACUUCAGCAGAGUCAGUACCUUGGAAGGGAAUGAGAAACCAGCAAGCUGGAUUUUAAACAAAGGAAGAAUGUGGGCAUUGUGUAGAGGAACAGAUAGCAGAUAUCCAAGGGCUUGUGGUGCCCUGUUACUGAUGCAUGCCUAGUUCCUGUUGCAUUUGCUUGUUAGAAGCAGGAAAUGGAUCUCUAAAUUCUGACUGGAUUAAACCAAAUGUGAACAGCUAUUAAUUAAUUACAGUAGCUUUCUUUUAUUGUGUCUGGUGAAAGUAGUGUUUGUCUUUGCUGAUCAACUCUUGAAUGUAGUAGAUUAUUAAAGGAGCUAAAUCCACCUGUUAAAAUAA